ACAACGUGUUGAUUUUUUUUUCAUUCUCAUUUUGCGCUGAUAAAUUCAACGGAAAGAAAUCUUGACAGUUGAGAAUUUACUUUCAUGUGUCGGUCACCUAUUGACUUUACUUGUAAAUAUUUACGUCGAAUGUUUUUUUUCCCUGUGAUUUCAGUAUUGAACCAUCCGAAAGGCCAAAUUGAUAGAAUCGAAAAUUUUGUCUAGGCGCACUAAAUACUCUCCCACUAUAACGCUACAUAGUUUAAAUAGUUUGAGUGAUAAGUUUUUUGUUUCGCACUUUUGAAUCAUAUUGUUACGUUUGUUAUACACAGCAUUGAUUUAUUGCUGUAUGUUUGGCUUUUGCGAAUUGCGUCUCUUGAAUUACAUCCUUUCCCUAAUAAUAAUAUACUUCUUUUCAUACAAUUCGUAAGGGAGCUUAUCAGGUAGAACACAAUGGUGGCCCUAGCUAGAGACGAGAUAUUGUUGUUGUUCGAUGUGGAUGGAACUCUGACGCAACCACGAUCCAAUGUCGAUCCAGAAUUUGAAAAUUUUAUGUACGAACAAAUUAAACCGCGAGCAACGAUUGGCAUUGUCGGUGGUUCGGAUUUGGAGAAAAUGUUUGAGCAAUUGAAUGGACGUGGCAUUUUGAAGCAAUUCGACUAUGUGUUCCCAGAAAAUGGCCUGGUUCAAAUUGAGAAUGGUGUCGAAGUUGGCAAAGAAUCAUUGCAACAACACUUGGGCGAAGAGACUUUGCAACGUUUUAUCAACUUUGUGUUGCGAUAUCUGUCCGAGUUGAAGUUGCCAUUAAAACGUGGAACAUUUUUGGAGUUUCGUAAUGGGAUGAUGAACGUGUGCCCGAUUGGUCGCCAGUGCACCAAAGAAGAACGACUUGCCUUCAAUCAAUACGACAACGAGCAUCAUGUUCGUGAACAGAUGAUUGAAGUAUUGCACAAAGAAUUUGCCGAUGUCGAUUUAACGUACAGCAUUGGUGGCCAAAUCAGUUUCGAUGUGUUCCCGCGCGGAUGGGACAAAACAUUUGCGUUGCGUCACGUAACAAAACCCGGAAAGAACUACAAAGAAAUUCACUUUUUCGGUGAUAAAACGGAAAAAGGUGGCAAUGACCAUGAAAUUUUCAUUGAUCCACGUACCAUUGGUCACAAGGUUGCAUCACCCGAUGAUACCAGACGCAUUUUAUCCGAAAUUUUUCAUCUUUAGUUAUCGAAAUUUCAUUGUGAUUCAUUGAAUUCAAUCGAAAGAAUAUUCAAUUUUCUUUUUUCCCCACUAUUUUUCAAUUGUAAAUAUCAAAAUUGUAGGUACAUUUCUUUGUUAAAUUCCAACGUACAUUCCAUAAGGAACGCCUGCUUAUUUAUUAGAA